UUGUUGAUUAUCAUCCCUUUAUCACAAACCACCACCAAUCUAAUAGUCGCCCGACUCAACUAGCGCUAUCAAUGUCUGGCAAGGGAAAGGCUGGCAAAUCUUCCGGCGGAAAAUCUGGUAGCGAAGGAAAGUCACAGUCGCGUUCCGCGAAGGCUGGCCUUCAGUUUCCUGUCGGCCGUGUCCAUCGUCUUUUGAAGAAAGGCAACUAUGCCCAACGUGUUGGUGCAGGAGCUCCAGUCUACCUUGCCGCGGUUCUUGAGUACCUGGCUGCUGAGAUUCUCGAGCUUGCAGGCAAUGCCGCCCGUGAUAAUAAGAAACAACGUAUUGUGCCCCGUCAUCUUCAGUUGGCUAUCCGAAACGAUGAAGAAUUGAACAAGCUCCUGGGUGACGUAGUUAUCUCACAAGGAGGAGUGGUCCCCUUCAUCAACCCUGAACUACUUCCUAGCAAAGCAAGCAAAGGCAAGAAGGAGGGUGCAAGCCAGGAGGCGUAAAUUUUUGUGCAUCUUACCUUUAUACACCUUUUUAUUACAUUCGAUCUUCUUGUAGUAUCAUAUAUAUGCGGUUGUGUUUCAGAUGUAAUCUUUGGUACUUACAUAGCGAAUACAGUCAUGACUGGUCUGGCCAUCCA